AAUCGUACUGUCAGUUUUGUGUUGUUCGCUUGACGUGUGGUAUUCUAAAUGAUAAAGGAACGUCGUUAAUUCGCAACGUAAAUAGUGAUGAGGAUCCGUUCAGUUUUAUAAUGUUGAGGAGGGAUCGCGCAUUUUAACUGAAUGUGUAUCAGUGCAGUUUGUCGGUGGCCUUGUACUGUCCCAUCCAUUUUGACACAUACACACACACCCAUUACGUACUGUCGCAAUUAAACAACAUUCCCGUCUGAUUACACGAUAGAAUCGCACCGAUAAUUGGUCGAAGAUGCAGGCGAUUAAGUGUGUGGUCGUUGGUGACGGUGCGGUCGGUAAGACAUGCCUGCUGAUCUCGUACACGACGAACGCCUUCCCCGGCGAGUACAUACCCACGGUGUUCGACAACUACUCGGCGAACGUGAUGGUGGACGGCAAACCCAUCAACCUGGGCCUGUGGGAUACGGCCGGCCAGGAGGACUACGACAGGCUGCGACCCCUCUCCUAUCCACAGACCGACGUCUUCCUGAUAUGCUUCUCGCUCGUCAAUCCGGCCUCGUUCGAGAACGUGCGUGCAAAGUGGUACCCAGAAGUGAGACAUCACUGUCCGCAAACGCCCAUAAUCCUGGUAGGGACGAAGCUCGAUCUGCGCGACGACAGGCAAACAAUUGAGAAGCUGAAGGACAAGAAACUGUCCCCCAUCACCUACCCACAGGGUUUGGCGAUGGCGAAGGAGAUAAGUGCGGUUAAAUACCUGGAGUGCUCUGCGCUGACGCAAAAGGGACUGAAAACGGUGUUCGACGAGGCCAUAAGGGCGGUGCUCUGUCCCGUGAUGCCGGUCAGACCGAGACGCAAAUGUGUUAUCUUAUAAUCCUAAAACAACUGCCUAAAAAUAUCAAAUUGUUGCCACCCUUUUUAAACCAAACUUUGUUCACCGGCCCACUAAAAGGAAACAAGUUCUGGACCACUUUUAACUUUGUCUACAGUAUGGUACUUAGAUGAAUUGGCUUUUGGAUUUAUAGAUUGUUCGUUUUACUGUAUUUCGGUUGGUUUAAAAAGGUUGUUGAUAUGCACAAAAUACACUUUUUAAAAGAUGAUGUGCGUUAAGUAAUGUGAUUAUGUUUGUUUUUGGAUAAUUUUUAAUUAAGUAUAAUAUUGCGAAUAUUAGGUAACGAGUUAUUUACAUUAUUUCUGCAUUUAUCUAGAUAACAAGUAAUUCAAGUUGUAUGGAUGUGGCACGAUGAACAUUUUGCCAAUUUUAGCAUAAUAAAAUAUGUGUUCACUCUCUAUAAGAUGCUAAAAUAUUUUUUAUAGAUUGAACGGCUCUCGUUUUCACUAUCAGUCUCCAUUAUAAAAUGUUUAGUACAAACAUUAUUGAUCAUUGAAUUUUGUUAUAUAUAAUAGAUAUAUUUUAUUUUGUAUUAAAGUUAUUAUUGUUCAAAUAGAUAAAGUGAGGUAAUGAGACUGGCAGCUGAAAAACUGCCCUAUAUUUUGAAAAAUUAACACAAAUUACAUGACAAAUAACUAAAAGAUUGCUAAUAUUUUUAUCCGAAACAAAGGACAGUAUGCAUAUCAGAUAUUUUUGCAAAAAUUACCCCCCCAAAUUCCGUUUGCCAUUAACCACAGCAGCCAGGAAAUAUUAGCAAGUGACGCACUUUCGAAAUAUAGAGCAACAAGACAAAUUUCCAGAGUAUAGUUUACUAGGAACAGCUCUAAGAGAAGUUGACUUAUUUUAUGUGCUACACGGAUAAACACAAUUAUCUGGUGAACUGCUUCUAUGUAAAUACUCUAGCUUAUCAUUAAAUAUACCUUAUGUUAACUGUUUAGUAUUUUAAAUUUUAUUAUAAAGAUUUCUACUUAUUAUUAUUAUUAUUAUAUUGAUGUACUGAGGGUGUAUGAUACAUUCUACAUAUAUUUUUAUAAUUGCCCAUCAUUUAAUUAUUAUUAAUUAAUAUUGUUAUUAUAAUGAGCGUUGCAGUUUAAAGGAAUCAUUUCCAGUGUGCAAUAUGGUCUAUAAAGGUUAAUAUAAGUGUUUUUGAUUUUAUUAUUUUUACAAUUCUAUAAUAUAUACUUGAAUUCUUAAAUAUUUGUUAUUCAAAACGUCGAAACUAUUAUUUCGUACAAUUUACCAAAAGGAAACGCCCAACAACUGUAUAUAAAUCAACUUAUGGACCAUCUUACACAAAUAAUUACGUACUAAAAAUGUUGUUUCAAUUGCUGGUUGUCAACACUUAGUUUCGCUGAAACUAAAACGAGUCAAAUCAAAUUGGAUACUUUAGUUUUAAUUGUAUUAAAUGUGUUUUCACCAAUUGUUAAUGUUUGGAAUCAGCAUUGUUCACAAUUGAAAACUAAAAUAACGAUUAAGUGUAAGAUUGUGUCAUAACAGGACUGUGUGUAUUUUGUAAAUACUAAAUAUUAUAGGUAGUAUAAGAUUUAUAGAAUAAAUAUGUCAUAAACAAAGA